AUGCUCAAAAAGUUUUCAACUGAAAGUAUUUCGUCUCAAAAUCAGGUGAAAUCUUCUGUGCAGAGAUCAAUUAGAGCAAAUAUCCUUGCUUUAUAUCCUUUAUUGGAACAAGUUAUUGAUGAUAUUUUACCAAAAAAAGAAAAUAUUGUUUUAUCUAAAUGUUCUGGACAUUUUCAAUUUAUUGUUUUAGACUCAGUCCCUUUAUUCUUUCAACAAAGAGAUGGCCCCUGGUUUCCAACUUUACGUCUUCUUCAUAAGUAUCCUGACAUGAUGCCUACUAUGCAAGUGGACAAAGGCGCAAUUAAACAUGUUUUGAAGGGUUCUAAUAUAAUGUGCCCAGGCUUAACUUCACCUGGAGGAAGAAUGGAGCAGGUAGAACAGAAACAAGUGGUAAAAAUAGUUGGAGAGGGAUGCCAAAAUGCAUGUGCUAUUGGUAUUACAACUAUGAGUACUGAUGAGAUUAGGCAAGUAAAUAAAGGAGUUUGUAUAGAGAAUGUUCAUUAUUUAAACGAUGGACUUUGGCAUGUGAAUAAAUUUUAA